UCCCUCCCACUAGGAAACCAAAAACCCUAACUCUCUGUUUUUCUCACCCAAAAUCUCAUCUCAGCGAUGGCGGCAAUUUCAACUCACACUAUUCUUCCCAUUAAACCUGCACAAUCUUCAAUUUCCAACAAAGGGUUUUUAGGUGGUUCUGGGUUCUUUGAUUUGAGAAAGAAUGAGCUAUCAAAAUCCAGGGUUUCUGUACCUCAGCAAAAAUUGGUCAUUUCAGCUAUCAAAGAUAACAACAAUGCGGUUUCAACGACUGAAUCUUCACCUUCUAUGGGCCGGUCUAGGGUAAGACGCCAUACAAUUUCUGUAUUUGUUGGCGAUGAAAGUGGAAUGAUAAACAGAAUUGCAGGAGUAUUUGCUAGAAGGGGUUAUAAUAUUGAGUCUCUUGCUGUCGGUUUGAAUAAGGACAAAGCACUCUUCACAAUCGUUGUUUCUGGAACUGAUAGAGUGUUGCAGCAAGUGGUAGAGCAGCUUAACAAGCUUGUGAAUGUCUUGAAGGUGGAAGAUCUCUCAUCAGAACCACAGGUAGAACGUGAAUUGAUGCUCGUAAAACUCAAUGCUAAUGAAAGCAAUCGUGCAGAGAUAAUGUGGUUGGUGGACAUAUUCAGAGCAAAAAUUGUCGACAUUGCAGAGGACUCGCUAACUAUAGAGGUAACUGGAGAUCCAGGUAAAAUGGUUGCUGUUCAGAGAAACUUCAGCAAGUUUGGGAUAAAAGAACUCGCAACAACUGGAAAGAUUGCUUUGAGACGGGAGAGGAUGGGCGAGUCUGCCCCUUUUUGGAGGUUCUCUGCAGCUUCAUAUCCUGAUCUUGAAGGCACAAUGCCUAUCGACUCUCUUCCACAGACUACAAGCAAAGCACUUGAAGCACAACCAAACUUAUCUACAGGGGGUGAUGUUUAUCCAACUGAACCUUAUGAUGGUUUCUCGAUGAAUCAAAUUCUUGAUGCUCAUUGGGGCGUGCUCGACAACGAAGAUUCAGCUGGGCUUAGGUCUCACACCUUAUCAUUGCUUGUUAAUGAUUGUCCUGGAGUGCUGAACAUAGUCACUGGUAUUUUUUCUCGUAGAGGUUACAACAUUCAGAGUCUUGCUGUUGGACCUGCAGAAAAACAGGGCAUUUCUCGCAUUACAACUGUUGUUCCUGGUACUGAUGAAUCAAUUGGAAAAUUAGUUCAACAAUUGUAUAAACUUAUUGAUAUUCACGAGGUUCGUGAUGUUACACACAUGCCAUUCGCUGAAAGAGAAUUGAUGUUGAUAAAGAUUGCUGUAAAUGCUGUUGCAAGAAGGGAUGUCCUUGACAUUGCUAGCAUUUUCCGAGCAAAAGCUGUGGAUGUGUCUGACCACACAAUCACCCUAGAGCUCACUGGAGAUUUGGACAAAAUGGUUGCGCUACAAAGGUUACUAGAGCCUUAUGGCAUUUGUGAGGUGGCAAGAACAGGAAGAUUGGCACUUGUUCGUGAGUCUAAAGUAGAUUCCAAGUACCUGCGUGGAUAUGCCUUGCCUAUUGACACUUGUUCUUGAGUCUAAAGUGGAUUCCUAGUACCUGUGUGGCUACGCCAUGCAUCUGUAAUGUUAAGGGUUAUCGUCAAUUGAAAGGAGAAUAAUGUGCUUUGCACUUGUAAUAGUAAGGAUUGUUGGCUUGCCGAACUGGCAAUGGAAAAAGGAUAAGAACGUUUAAUUGUUUGUUGUAGGUCAAGGUUUUCAUCAGGCAGUUUGUAAAGGAGUUGGUUUUAACUUUGUUUAUAGAUGAGUUGGGUGACUUUGAUAUCAUGAAGUGAUUUAUUGGGUUCACCGGCUCUAGUUGGUUUU